CUCCCCCUACAGGUCGAGAUUGAAGUUCCUCAGUCUUGCAGCUACAUCCUGCGCACCACAGGCUGUAGCUUGAGUGAGGUUGUUGAUAUGGACGCAGAGGGCAACCCUGUGUUCGGACCUGCCCCCGGAUCUGAUGCCUUUACUGCUGCCAUGGAGAAACAUCCUCUGAAGGUUGUGGUUGAGGGAGUGUAUGAUGUGAAACUGUACCCUGAGGAGGAUGAGUCCGUGACCAUCUUGAACAUUAAGAGAGGUAUCGUGUCUGCCCUUGCCGUGCCCCUGCUGGAAGAGGAGAACAACAAGAAAAUGCCCACCAUCCACGGCAUGUGCAAGACCAACUACAUAGUCAACGCCAUGGAGGACAUCGCUACUGACAUCACUCUCAACAGGGACUUGUCCAAAUGCGACCACUUCAUCCCCCAGAGGGACCACACCAGCCCCCUGGCCCUCAUCUCUGGCAUGCACUAUCCUCUUGCUCAGCUGAUCAGAAGCUCCCAGACCUGCAACUACAAGUUUGACAAUGACAAGAAGCACAUGACCUCUGGUGCCUGCACUGAGAACCACAUCCUGGUGCCUUUCUCUCACAAGGGAGAGUAUGGAGUUACCAACGUUGGCAAGCAGUUCCUGACUCUGCUGGAGGUUUCCACAUACAAUGAGAGAGUUUUUGACCACAAUGUGGCCAACCUUAAGGGUCUGCCAAUGGAGGCUGCUGAGGACAAGAGCGUUGUUCAGGACAAGGAUGCUCCUCUGGCUGUCCUGAGGGAAUUGGCCACUCUGUCCAACGGUGAGAAGAGAGCCCACCUCUUCCAGCAGCUUGUGAGCAUGGUCCGUGGAAUGAAGGCUGAGACCCUGAGCCCUGCUAUCCCCGAGGCACUGAAGUUAUCCGGACCCCUGACCUACCAGGUUCUGGCCCAGUGCGGUACACCAGAGUGCAGCAGUGCCAUCAUGCAGAUCCUCAGGACCUUUGACAACUCUGCCUUUGAGGUUGAUGCCAUUGUGUUCGCUAUGGGACAGGUCCCCAACCCCUCUGCCCUCCUGGUCAACGACAUGCUGGCUAUGGCACGGUACAAGCAGAGCAAGCCUAUCCUGUAUGCCCUGAGCAAUGUUGUCAAGAGAUUCUACAAGGCCGAGGGCAAAGUGACCCCUGAGAUCGAGGCUGUGGCUGAGUUUGCUGUUGCCCAGCUGGGUGACUGCACCGGUGACAAUGAGCAGAACUUCCUGGUCCUAAGGGUGAAUGUUAUUGGUAACAUGGCUGCAGCCAUGGGAGCCGCCAGUCCUGCCCUGAAGUCUGCUGUGAUCCAGUGUGUAAACGAGCCCGCCGCUUCCCUGGAAGUCCAACAGGCUGCCAUUCAGGCAUUCAGACAGACCCCUGUCCCUGAGGAGGGCAGAGAGGUGCUCAUGCAGGUUCUUUUGAGUGGUGCUAGCCCCCUGCAGAAGCGUGUUGCUGCCUACCUGGUGCUGAUGAAGGACCCCCAGCCUGCUGAACUAGCUCAGCUGGCCGCUGCUCUGCCCAUCGAAGAAGACCAGCAGGCCAAGAGCUUUGUCAUCUCCCACCUGACUAACAUACUGGAAUCCACUGCAGCCGAGACACAGGAGCUGAGACAGAAAAUUAUUGAUGCCCUGCAGGGCAAUGAGGUUGGAACUGUCAUGGAUCCCACCAAGUUCUCCCGCAACUACAGGAUUGGAUCUGUGCAAGGAAAUAUGCUCUUUGAGGGCACCAGCUAUCUGCCCAAGGAAGUCAUGCUGGAGAUGACCCUGAAGGCCUUCGGCUACAAUGUGGACAUGAUGGAGGUAAAAAAUACUAUUGAAUUUGUUUCCCUAAGCCUUUUAUAG